AAUGUAAUUUUCAGAAUGUAAAAUAUGAUAACAGUAAUGGAGAUUGAAGAUCGCACCGAGGAUAAAGAAUUUCUGGGUGGAUGGAAGAACGUAGUAACAGGCAAGGAGUACCAUGAUAGUGCAACUCAGACAAGCUCGUGGUAUCACGUCGAUUGUGAGGAGAAACCCGUUGUCGUUAUCACGUCGACGUGCAAGUAUACAACGGUAUCACGUGACACAGCUAUCCAGACGUAUUUUUGGCCGGACUCGGGGGACAAAUUACUGACACCAUCCUCAGCAUCCAGAUCUCGUCUUACGAGUGACGAGUUACGACUCAAGGCGAAAGAAUUAUUUCUCACGAGGAAAUUCUCACGGUUGGAGGAGGAGAGCGCCAUUAAAAUUCAAAAGUUCUUCAGAGCUUGUCGAACCAGAACAGAGAUUUCAUCAUUGGCCCGCUUUGCCGUCCAGACUCGCACCCAUCCGCCCGUAUCCGAAGACUUAGUUCACCUGCCCGAAGGUAACAAGUUCGAAAUAGUGGAGCAUCGUCCACCGAAAAGCCGUUCAGACUUCGAGAUGCUGCGAAAUGUCGUAGACCACUGGCGUAUCCUGGAGAAUGAGCGUGUCGAUCGAACGCUAUUUGAUAGCUCCAAAAUGGCUGCCAAGACUAUGAUUCUCCUCCGAGAAAUAGAGCUCCUGCGGUCGAUAGAGCGGGUCAAAAUGCGAGUGCGGGACGAGAGGCGAGAGCGCCGUAAUCUCGAUUACCUGGAGAUAUUGGCGAGACCCGAAAUAUGGAGGACUCGAGAUGGAAAAACUCUGGAGGUGGAGACACUGAGGGUGGCACGAGCACGAGAGUGCAGAGACAUGUACCGUGCAUUGACUGAAGAGACGGCUAACCGAGUUUCUAUGCUCUACACUCUGAAAAAGUACAUUCUUGGCCACACUUGCCAGAGUUCUAGGGAUCUUGAGUACCUCAUCACGCAGGAGUUGGAUUUUUCCAGCAAAAAAUUUGAUUCCGAACUGAUGGGGCAGUUGAGAAAACGGGUUAAACUGGCUUUUUUCAAAUUUACACUCGACUGCUGUGAGCCCAGAAGACCCUGCAUAUCACCCGAGGACUUGAGAAAAUACUGCAUCAGGUGUGGCAAACUCCUGUCUUUGGCAUUGUUCACCGAUACCACUGACAAAGCCCUUCCGACUUGUGACAAUUGUGCAGUAAUUAAACCCAGCAAGGAUCCGGCAAUAUUGUACGAGCCCUACGAACAAAUGUUGAAGGACCUUCGGAAAUCAGAGGUCCAAAUGGGGGCAACUACUGGCCUCGCUUUUGAAAUAGGUCCACGCGUUCUGCAUCAUCUCGUUAAUUUCAUUUGGCACGGCAAGUCUGGUAUUUCAGAAUUUGACGAUUUAUUCCAAUUACGUUUACUACGAUUUCAAUCGGAUCUCGAAUGGUCUCCGUGGAAUUCAAUACUCCUCACCAAGAGGGAAGCCGCUAUUCAUCAAGCCAUGACGAAUCCUUGGGAAUUGUACGAUGCCAGUCUUGUACAGAGGUUUGUGUUGAGGAAUUUACAAGCGAAAUUGUGUUUCGAUUCACUAUUAAAAAUUGUUUUCAAACUAGUGAUAAAUGUCCAUGGAAAGCAAACUGUAAACACUGAGCUCAUAUUCACCCUUUUUUGCGAGUCCACCCUAUGGCUGGAAAAAAACUGUAUUGUAAGAAAUGUUAACAGUGCUGGUAUAUUCUACUUUGAUGGAGCUUGCAAGAAGCUCGCAAUCUGCGUUGUAAUGCAAAACGUUGAAAAUAGCCUUGCCGCUAUCUCUGUGUUCACCAAGGUGGAGAAUAGUCACGUCAGAGCACCGAAUUCGCCGCAGGAAGUCGACUGUGGGCCAAUCAGAGGACCAGCCGCAGCAUAUCCGAUUGCAUCGUCUCCCCUGUGGUCACACCCUAGCCCGAGAGCAAUGAAACGGGGUGCGAAUAAGAAGUUACCCCUGAACAACCCAAUUGUAGUGCCGCAGAAAUGGUGGCUAGGUGGAAAGUCUCUUCAAAUCGAGUCUAAGAAAGUUGGGGUGAAACUCGACUCAACCAAACCCGAAUCCCAGUUCGCCGAAAAUUCGAGUUUAUCUAAUGAAAUACUUUGGAUAUUUAUUUUAUGUUUGACGAAAUUCGUUGCGACUUCGGUAACUCGCAAGUGGUCAUUGCCUGAGGGCCUUCAAAGGAGUAUUUACACGGUUGGCUAUAGGAUUAUUUAUAGUUCGGAGAAAGUUGAAAAAGGUUUUCCGACGAUAUUGGAAUGGUCAAGGCUUGAUUGCGAGUUAAUUGCCGCCAGAGUCACCGGGGUUCCCUGA